CUCUUAAGUUAUUUGGCAUCUCUCCAACCCCACCUCUUUUGCAGUUAACAAAACUGUUUUACGAAGAAUUUGAUACUCUGAGGGGAAGAGAAAGGGAGGGGGAGAGAAAGAAGGGAGUGAACAGGAGGGAGCGAGCGAGCGAGAGAAAGGUGUUUUGGACAUGUGCUAGUGCACGAGAUGUCAUUCACACAGUACAGGAGUUAAAGCAUGUGCCUUUAAGGUGGAUUCACAAUUUCAAUCCACUCGUUUUCUCCAUGCAACAUGUGGGUCUCAUGCUUUUUUUAGUUCACCGUCGCUGCCAUCUCUCACGCUACCCUUGAAAUAGACAGCUGAUAUACAGAAAAGUAGAGUGAAGUGCAGGGGAGGAGGAAAGCUGAAGUGCAAGAGAGGAAGAGAAGGGCUGUGUCUUUCCGGUCUAUUUGCACCCAAGGACACCCUAGUGAACAACAAGCCCCAGCAACCAGGAGAGACAGCAAGAGAACAAAAGUUUGACUAUGUAAGAGCACUUCAUAUGCCUAACACUCAGUCAAACCUUAGAUUAUUAACAAAGGCAAGGCCUGAAAGAAAGGGGAAUUCCGAGAGCAGUGAAGAUCAAAGCCUGACACACAAUCGUAGUCAGACCAAGAACCCCGGUACCUGAUGACAGAUACCGCUUUUCUUUUCUAGAGUGUACAUUUUUCUGCUCUAGACUUGUAAAACAAACCUCCAAUAUCUUUCAAGCCACAACACUGUCGCUGAUGCACCUCAGAAAGAGGAAGACAAACAAAAUCUGAGAGAUCAGCAAAACCCUUUAGGGACGGUUGACCUCUGUGACCCCUCUCACUUCUUGCCCAGUAUGGAGCGGAUACGGCUGAUGCUUGGGGCUCUGCUCCUCACCCUCUCUCUGCCCAGUCUCCCUGCUCAAGAUAAUGUCACUGUCACUGUACCUGAGAAUGUCACCAUGGCAGCACCUAUUAAUGAGGAAGUCACGAUGGCAGCCUCUACACCGGAGGCCACCAUAGAGACAACGUCUGUUCCUGUGGUCAUCACUAGGGCACAGCCUGCCCCUGAAAUUAUCACCCUGGUAACUGCUAUUCCGAAAGUAACUUCUGUUUCAGUACCUACCACUGAUGCCAUCACUAUGGUAAUAACAAACCCUGAGAUCACCAGCGUUCAGGAGUCCACAUCUGAUGCACCAACUACUACUUCAGAGGCUGAGACGAUGACACCUUCCCCUGUGACCAUUGAAGGGCCUAUAGACACGACCACUCCACCUGGCCCUAAACCCACCCUCUCCCAAGACGUCCUUACAACCACCUCUUAUCUCCCAACCACUUCCCAGGACCACCUGACUUCUGUUAUCCCAGUCUGGCCCCUCCACACCACCCCUCCUCUGACGGAGGACUCCACUUACACACCUGAACCUACACCUGCCUCAGAGAUUACUGUCUGCCACACAGAGGGACUUACCACUGCACCCACCUCCCCAUCGGUCAAUGCCGCCCCCGGCCAUGCCACGACCCCCACUACCACCCACACCUCCACAGAUCCAGACUCUACGGUGGCUGGGGUCAGAGUGGAGACAGGUCAGCCCAGCUUGUUAUGGGUCAUCAUCGUCGCUCUCCUGAUCGGGGUUAUAUUCGCGGGCGUGUUCUACUGUGUAUGUCUGGUCAUCAGACGAAAGAGCCAGAGCCGCACCGAGCACUUUGUGUCCAGCUUCCGGAACGGGAAGAGUUCCAAGCGGAAGAAAGGGCCGGAGGAAGACGCCUGGGCAGGGCCAGUGAAGCUAGGGGGUGGGGACAGGGAGGAGGAUGAGGGUGGGGAGGAGGGAGGGAGCCCAGAGGACAACAAGAGAGAGGGGGCUGGAACGGAUGUGGUGCUGAGCACAUUCAUAGCCAACGAGACUGAGGGAGAGAGGGGUGGGCCUGAUGGGGGAGUAGGAGUGGCUGGGAGCAAGGAGGCAGAGAAAUGGGAGGAGAAGGAGCCUCUGCUGUACAUUGAUGAGGGAGUGGAGGAGGGACAAGAGAGGAUGGCUCCUCCUUCACUUUCAAAAUCGAACCCAGAAAAGACAGGAGGGGAAAGAGGGGAGGGGGAAAAUUAAAAAGAAAUGGAGAGGGGAGAAGGGAAUGGAAAUAAAUCAAAUUAGAGUGAAAGAGGUAAGAAGAAUGGAGGAGCAGCAUUCUGUCUAACCACUGCAGUUUAAAAAUAGAAGAGAUUUACAUAAAAAGUUUUUCUAGGUGAUAAUGUAAAAGUUACUUUGUACUACUGAAAAGGCCUUUGACAUUGUAUGUAUCUGUGAUUGUGUGCUCUGUCAACAUAACUCAGGGAAGAUAGAAGUGGUUGUGUGUAUGGUCAUAAGUUUUACCCUUGGUAUUUUGUAUGCUGUUUUGUCAGAAUUUUUGUUUAAUAAAGUUUUAGAUGUGCAUGUUCUAGAAUGAAGUUGUUGAACGUUGACAGAAUAUUAAUACUCUUUGCUUAACAAUUUGCGGUCUUCAAAUGCACUUGAUUUUUGGAACUGCUUAAAUCAAUAGCACUCAAUUCAUAGGUGCAAAUCUGAACUUCCACUGAGACAAAUUUUCACUUAGUCUCCCAUUGACAUCAAUGCAUGACUAAGUGAGUAUUCAACUUCAGUGGAAGUUAGGAUUUGUCCCAUUUGUCCCAUUGCCUUUGUUUACUUGAUAUGGAGUUCCCGAAUGGCGCAGCGGUCUAAGGCACUGCAUCUCAGUGCUUGAGGCGUCACUACAGACACCCUGAUUUGAAUCCAGGCUGUAUCACAACCGGCUGUGAUUGGGAGUCCCAUAGGGUGGUGCACAAUUGGCCCAGCAUCGUCCGAGUUUGGCUGGUGUAGGCUUUCAUUGAAAAUAAGAAUUUGUUCUUAACUGACUUGCCAGGUUGAAUAAAAUAAAAUAUGUGUUGCCGAUUAUGGCCACUAGGUUGUGCCCUUUCCCUAUCUUUAUGAUCAGAGCACAGUUCAAUUAUGUGACCUGCAGUAAAGAGCGGGUGUUGUGAUGACACACAGGUCUUCCGUUUUACUGGUCUGUUUUUGCUGAAGUUGCAUCUGUUGCAAACGUCUAUCAGAGAAAACAGCAGAGAUCAAAAACAGUUGUUCAGGCAAACAACUCAGUCAUAGAUCCCCUCUGAUGUGAUCACAAAUUAAAGUUAAAGACACAACAACCGCUCUUAGUAAGAUUGAUCCUUGGUAAAUAUAACAUUUUAUCCUGGCCACUACACCCCUCAACCUUCUUCAACUAUUUUUUCAGGAAGGGGAGUAAGUGUGUGUGUGUGGGGGUUGGGGAAGGGGGGUGCGUACAACAGAAACAGAGGAAAUAGAAGAGAAACAAAUCUGCAACUCUGUCAAAUAAAUGCCUUAAUGUCUCUCUGCUCUGCUCCACUGAAUAGGAUAAUCUGACAGAGAAUAAUGUUUGUUUAGAGAGAGAGAAGGAGAGAGAUAGAGUGUGAGAGAGAGGGAGGGAGGGAGAUAGAUGUGUUGAGUAAGGGGACGGAGGUGAGGAGGAAGAAGGGGCGCUGGAGGAGGGACGGCAAAAAUACUGAGGAGAGGAGGGGGAGCAAGACAGAAAAGAGAGCGGCAACAACACAGUCACAUCUGGAAGUUAUUGAGAAGUAGAGAGAGUGAGGGAGAGAGAAAGAGAGAGAACUGUAUUGUGAAUUGAAAAGAGGGAGAAAGGAUAAACAAACUCUAGAUGUAGAGAUAGAUAGACUUGUUAAAUGUAUCAACUGAGUUAAAGAUUCACGGGAGGACAGAGUUUAUCUAAAAGUUGACAAGAAUUCUACAGUGGACAGAGAGAAAGGAACAGAGGAAAAGAAAGAGAGAGCGCAAGAAACUGUAAUUCUAUCCUAAGAACAAUCCAUACCAAGAGGGGAGAACGACAGAGAGGGAAAACUAAUGUAGAUUUCUAAUCUGGAGGACCGUCUAAAACAGAACAAAGUGGUCUGAAUCAAAACGUAUGUUAUUGAGUUGAAAUUAAAUCAACUCAACAAAGGAGAAGUGUCCAGAGAACAAAAGAGGAGUCCCCUAGUCUGGAAUUCUUCUGCGCAUUUGUCUCCCUAUCAAGCCUGUGGAGUCAACCGUCAGACAGGAUGUCAGCCUCUCGGAGGUGCCUGUGCUGCGUGAAAUACCUCAUGUUCGUCUUCAACCUCAUCUUCUGGCUGGGAGGGUGUGGCCUGUUUGGAGUGGGAGUGUGGCUAUCAUUCACCCAGUCCGAGUUCUCCUCCCUCCCGCUGUCUUUUCCCUCACUCUCUGCAGCAAACCUACUUCUGGUCGCUGGGGGCGUCACCAUGGUGACAGGCUUCCUGGGUUGCCUUGGCGCCCUGAAGGAGCAGCGCUGCCUGCUGAUGACGUUCUUUGUAAUCCUUUUGCUCCUGGUGUUGACAGAGGUGACUCUAACCCUGGUUCUCCAUAUCUUUCACAACGAGCUGGACACGAAAGCUCAGGAUGAGUUAAAGGAGGGGAUGAAGAAUUACUUGACAGACGAAGGACUGAAGAAGUCAUGGGACAAUGUGCAGAAAAUGUUCAAGUGCUGCGGCGUGACCAACAAAACAGAUUGGUACCUCGUGGUCAACGGAACGCUCCCCUUUUCCUGCUGCUCUGGGGGGAUGGACCAAUGUGUUGAAGGAUGGAUCGAGCCGUGUUAUCAGAAGGCCAGACAGUGGCUCCUGGACAACAUUCUCUCUGUCCUGGUGUUUGGAGUCUGCAUUGGCAUUGUCCAGAUCCUGGCUCUGAUUUUCUCCCUGCUGAUGUACUGCCAGAUCCUCCGUGCUGAGGAGUACCUGGACUGAUCUGGGACUGGUCCUUCACAGACAGGAGAAGCUGAAUGAGAGACUCCCUAGCUGGCACAGAGUUCAUCUAACGUUUCUUUAAGGUUUUCCUUCGGUUAUUUUUACCUUUAAGCCAGGCAAGUCAGUUAAGAACAAAUUCUUAUUUUCAAUGACGGCCUAGGAACAGUGGGUUAACUGCCUGUUCAGAGGCAGAAUGACAGAUUUGUACCAUGUCAGCUCAGGGGUUUGAACUUGCAACCUUCCGGUUACUAGUCCAACGCUCUAACCACUAGGCUACCCUGCUGCCCCGAAAAAUAUCUUCUCCACGCCGAUGUGGGAACUAAAAGAAAAGUGUUAGCUGGUGUGUUUUAUACCAACUGCUGGGAAUGGUUUUUCAGAACAUUAAAUCCAGAUCAAAAUCAUCCUUUUUGUAUGUUCAAUUCUGUUAAGUUUAAUAAAAUAUAUUUGAAUGAGAACACAUCACCCAUUUGAAGGGUUAUUUUCAUCGGGAUUGAUGGUUCUUAGAACACUGCACUAAAAACCAUGGGGCACAUUCCAGGUCAUCUUCAUUGCGGUCAUGUUGCUCAGAUCUCACAACGCCUGGUGAAGUGUAAUUCAAUUGGCUUUGAGAGAUCUGAUCAUCUGGAAUACAGCCCUUUACUUAUAAUGUAUAAAGAAGGAUAUUAUUUGUAACUAUUGGGGACUACGUGCUACUUGUCACUUUCACUAUUAGGCGAUACUAAUAAUAUUGUUUAGUAGUGAAAAUAUAAAGUGCUUGCCCUGAUGUCCAUGGACAAGCAGUGAGACUUGCCCCAAAGAAACACUUACACUACUCUGUUCAACUGCAGCAUAUUUUAAACAAAAGUCUAAACUGUUUUAAAGUGAGCCUUACCAAAACAAAUAAAAUGUAAAUACAUUGUAAUUUGUAUGCAUGUGAAGUGGUAGUUGUUUUGUGAACUUCAGCAUUUUGUAAAAUACACAAAUGUAUGACUCUGAUUGUGAAUGCGGUAAUAGUUCAAAUAACUUGUUUUCCAUAUUGUGCGUAUGAGGUGUUGUCGGUAUGAAUUCACUUCUCUUAUAGUUGAGAUGAGCCUAUGCUUUCAUAUACUUAUUCAGUCCAAUAGACAACUGAAGAGGUAAUUGACUUGCAACAGGGUUCGUCAUUCUAAUGAAAUAUAUAUCACAUAUAUAAAUGGACUAUGAAAGUAUGCUUUUUAAUCAUGAUCUGCGGUCAUAACACCAAGUAAUGAAACCCAAAACAAACCAAUGACUACACUGUACAGGGUUUUGUAAAACAUGUCUAUAGAAAAACAUUGAUAAGAAAAUAAUUGUACAAGUACACAUGAUUCUCAGACAUAAAUACAAUUGUGACAAUU